AUGAUUGAUCCACCCCGGUUGUUGCGUUUCAUUCCUUCUUCCCUUAUUUCAAUCAAGUUCCUUUCGUUCCAAAUUAAUUGCAGACCGGAACUAGAGAUGCCUUAUCCCUCUUUGCAAUUGACCAACCUCUUCAAUUGCUCACUUCGUCCUCUUCUUGAUUGUUGUCAAGAAGCUACACCGGAGAUGGAGCAACAUCCUGCAAAAUCACGAGGCUAUCAAACAUUAAGCCCAAAAACCCUUUUCCCUUCAGCAUCUUCUUUCUUCUUCAUAUCCAAUCGUCACGAGGAGGGGUGCCCGCAGAAGGCUAUCCUGGAGCCUUCAAUCCCUUUUUGUUGUGAUUGGCAGCAAAACGUAAAAAAGAAUGGAGGUCUUCGAUCCUCUGUUGAUCCGAGAAGAAUCAUCAGUGAAGGGACAGCUAGUGGCGAGGGAGGUGUUGGUGGUGGCGAUGGCAGGCCCUUGGCUCGUCGGUGGAGCUGGUGUCCAAUCAGCUUACUACAUUACCUUCGUAAGGUUUCAAUAGAACAACAUUCACUAUUUCUAUACCAUCCGGCGAACAUCAACUCCUUUCGACCAUGUCUUCCUCCUCCGAAUCCUAAAACACCGUCGCUGACAUUUCCAAAACACUAUAAGGAUAUGUUAUGGAACAUGAAACUUAGGAUUGACGAUCUUUUGGUUAGGAAUGGUCAAGUUGUUGAGCUAGAGAAGAAGGUGGAGAAGCACAACCUUCUUAGGAAAGCUCGGAAGGAACUUGCUGAAGCUAGGAUCUAA